AUGAUCAUUGCCUCUUGGAACAUCAGAGACUUUAAUUUGCCUCUGAAGCAUCAUGCGAUGCAGAACUUCCUUCGCUGCAAGGAAAUUAACGUCAUGGAUGUGUUGGAAACAAAGUUGAAUGAGGCUUCAGUUGAGGAAAUCAUGAGAAGAAAGAUUAGUGACUGGCACUUCACCCAUAACUUCGCUUCUCAUAAUGCUGGCAGAAUUCUUAUCCUCUGGAAGCAGGAUAAGAUUCAUCUUUCUGUUUUGGAGUCAAAUGCCCAAUUGAUUCAUUGUGCUAUUGAUUGUAAAACCACUGCCAAGCGCCUUCAGGUUUCAUUCAUCUAUGGUCUUCACUCCAUUAUGGCAAGAAGAUCUCUUUGGAUAAAUCUGAAUAGUAUCAAUGCUAAUAUGAAUUGCCCCUGGCUCCUCAUUGGUGACUUCAACUCCAUUCUGUCUCCCACCGACCGUUUCAAUGGAGCUGAGCCCAAUGCUUAUGAGUUGCAAGAUUUUGUUGAUUGCUAUUCUGACCUGGGGUUGGGGAGCAUCAACACUCAUGGCCCCUUAUACACGUGGACUAAUGGCAGGGUGUGGAGCAAACUGGACAGAGCUUUAUGUAACCAGGCCUGGUUCAAUUCCUUUGGAAAUUCUGUUUGUGAAGUUAUGGAGUUUAUUUCUAUCUCAGACCAUACUCCUCUAGUUGUCACCACUGAGUUGGUAGUGCCUAGAGGUAAUUCUCCAUUUAAAUUCAACAAUGCUAUUGUGGAUCAUCCAAAUUUCUUAAGAAUUGUUGCAGAUGUCUGGAAGCAAAAUAUUCAUGGCUGUAGCAUGUUCAAGGUCUGUAAGAAAUUGAAAGCUCUUAAAGCUCCCUUGAAGAAUCUUUUUAAGCAGGAGUUCAGCAACAUCUCCAACCGAGUAGAGCUAGCUGAGGCUGAAUAUAACAGUGUGCUUAAUUCUCUAAAGCAAAAUCCUCAAGAUCCUUCCCUUCUUGCUCUGGCAAACCGCACUAGAGGGCAGACCAUUAUGCUUAGAAAAGCAGAGUCUAUGAAAUUUGCUCAGCUCAUCAAAAACAAAUAUCUCCUGCAGGCUGAUAAAUGCUCCAAAUUCUUUCAUGCUUUAAUUAAGCGCAACAGACACAGUCGAUUUAUUGCUGCCAUAAGGCUAGAGGAUGGGCAUAACACUUCCUCCCAAGAUGAAAUUGCCCUUGCUUUUAACUACAUUGAGGUCCCCAGAGCUUAUCAUAAGCAAUGGGCUCCACAUUACCCUGCUUAUGUGCAGAUACAAUAUAAUGGAGCGCCGCACUUCAUUAAGGUUAGGAAAAAUGGUCAGCAAUACUACCUGGCCGAUGGACUGAAAGACUUCAGAAGAAACUUCAACAUACAUGAAGGUGUAUUGUUGUUGCCUAUCGAGGCUGUCGAUUUUGUUGAUGCUUCAAGACCAUGUAUGACCGUGCAACAUAGGAGUGACGUUCGUGACAUAUGGACCAUCUCCAUGCAUAAUGGUGAACAAUAUGUGGAUGACCCUUGGCACAGAUUCUUAACGGACAAUGACUUGAUGGGUGGAGAUGAGGUCGUCUUCUAUUAUCGGCCUAACGAACAUGUGUGGGAGAUCAUCUUCAGGAAGGAGCCCAUAUGGGAUGAACAUGACGAGUCCACUUGA